GCACUCCUCCUGCCCCCUGAAACAGCUACAAGAGCUACGCCGCAUACUACGAGCGCCCCCUACGGCUGAUUGGACGUCCUGGGUCCCGCUACGUCCUCGCCAAGCCCGCGCCAACAAGUAGCACUCGUGCUCUGCCCCGGCCCCUAGUUCAUACCAUUGCCGAUCUAGCGCUGGUUGGUCGAGACCAAAUCACGAAGGCCAGAUCCUGCUCCGCGGGACGCUGCGACGACCGGCAGCAACUCGUCCACGCUGCCGAGCGCGAACGAUACGGUGCGCGCCCCUCCGGCGCCCGUGGAGGAAGAUGCGAGCGGCGACUCUGAUGCGAACUGCGGCAAAAUCCGGGUUAUGAACUAUCUUUCUCCUAGGACAGUCAAUGCAGUUGUUGCUCGCCUGAACGAGUCACAAAAAAAGCUUUUCCUUGAGAAAGACUUUGGCGCCAUGCUAUCGCUCCCAAAAAUUGUGAAUGUACAGUUUUUGGAAUGCAACUCGGGUAGAACCUGGUAGGAAAUCCGUGCGAAUGGGCGAUGGCAGCUCACGUCCGCUGACUUCUAGUUUUGUUAGGGAUGUCGUUAGGUUGGGGACAGGUGACAGAGAGAUCCCAUUCCCGCACGAGCCGAGCUGUGCGGAUCGGGAAAUCCUGCGGGACGUGUGCGUCGCCUUGGGCCUUGACGAAACACUCGAUAGGAUCACGUUAAGAAUGCUAGAGGACGUGCUUGGUUCACCUGGCGAUUUGAGUAUUGAUUUCGAGGCCAACAGGCAGUGUGCUGCUCUAGCACUUCUCUGUACUGCAUGCUUGUUCAACCCAAGAGUUAAUCGCAGAGAUGAUCCAAUAAGCCCAGAGGUGUUUGUUGCUAUGCGUGAUCCAUCCAAGAUGUUCGAGUUUGAUUGGUGUGGGUACAUAAAGGCUGUUAUCAUGGCUGGUGUGGCUAAAAUGCGCCAAGAGCUGACUGCCGGUGCAACGACGGUUCACUUGCAGGGGUUCCUGAUGGUCCCUCGGAUCAUCACGUUUGACGCGAUGGCUGCCGGGCGGGGGCUGGAACCAGGAUACCCCCGCAUAACGAAGUACACGGCCGAAGACUUCAAUCUACUAGCUGGUGUCGACGCUUCUGGACGAAGUAUUGGAGGGCACAGGCUGUACGGGAGGGCCGGGCUGAGGGCUGUCCAUGAUGGGGAAAAUGCUGACAAAUCGACAAACCCCGGGUUGCCUCCCAGGCUCAAUGUUGGUGCUCCUGCCACUGUCGUCGUGUCUGAUAAGGUCGUUUCCUUGUCUGAUUUACCGGGGUGGCAAACUGAGGUGGUAGAGUAUCUGAGUGCAAUCAUGCAUGCACAUGUGUGCUCUGUUGGUGAGGAGAAUAUGAAUUUGAGGAACCACGUUGAGUCUUGUAUGACUAGUGUGCUUGCGAUGAUCGACAAUCGUAAUGAAAACAAUGUCAAUUCAGUCAAUGAGAUGCUCGGUUGUGCAAUUUCACAAGUUGGAGAUGUCAAGUUGCGUGUCAUUGGUGGUGAGAUUUGCUUCGUUGAUAGCAAUGUUGACGCGAGGGGCACCAAUGUUGAUCAUGGCGGUCAGGAUGUUCCUCAUGAUGUUAAAGGGAAAGCGGAUGUGCCUUACGCAGCAGGGCCAUCCACUAGUAGGCUCGUGAACCCAACUCUUCGGAAGCGACUUGGCACGGACUUAGUGGGCAGCUUUGGUGCUCCCUCUGCUGUGGAGCACAAUGUUGGGAAUGCUUUUGCUCCUGGUGGGCACAUUGAUAUGAUGCCUAGUGCACGACACCUCUUUGGACCAUUCCCAAGCCCAGAUAGCCUUGACUUGAAUCGACGGAACUCGCUAAGAGAAGGUGGUUCAGCCAGCAAUGGACUUGGGAAUGUUGCUAGGCGUCUUGAUUUAAAUUUGGGGAAUGAUGUUCGGGACUUCAUAAACGGGACACCAAUUGUUGGGCAAGUCGCCCCGGUGGAUGUUGACAUGAGCCUAACAAUUGGUCGUUCCCCCUACUGCAAAUUUGCACCCCCGCCAGCUCGCGCAAAGCACCUUGCUUGGAUGGUUUGGUGCAGCCCGUCAGCUAAAUGCUACAGGAUGACCACAGACUACUCGAUUGCAAACCCAAUUGGAGUAGCUGUUUCUGAGAUGGAGGGGAAGAGAAGGGAUGAGCGUUUCUAUGCAAGGGCCACGGAUUCGACGUUCAAUGAUCUUUCUAGGGUGUGGUUCAAGCAUCCGCAUCCAUCUCUACUGAAAAUGACUGGGGAGGAAGUGAUAGAAGAGUUCUGUAUAGAUAAUACACUUGCAAAGAAGGGGUUGGAAUCAAUCCUGCGUUUGGGGAUCUGUCCCCUGGCAUCAGGAAGACUAAUCAUUGGACUGGAUUGGGCGUUCAAAUUUGCAUACACAAACUCGUGCUGGAGGAGUGAGGACGUCCAUGCUAUGUUUACUCAGCUACCACUAGGGGUGGCCUGUGUCCUGGGGCUGGUCGUUGUUUACCUGGAUCAGGGGUGGAGUCUCUACGCUUUUGACAUCCUUUGCAGGGUCCUCCAUAUCAUUGAUCGAAACAUUUGCAAGCCAGGGGAGAGCAAGAUGAAAGCUAAACACCUGCGAAAUGCAGGGGACCUACUUGAUGCAUUUGUGAAGUGUGGUGACACGUUCUAGGGGCAGGGGAAGGUGCCGCAGAAUGGGUGGACAUAUUGUUUCCAUGCUACAUGUGCCUUUGAGUGCACGGACACGGCGAUGCAGGUGGUGCACCACAUCAUCAAUUUCGUCCCUGGCCAGCACCCGCAGAACAUCCCUGAGACUGCUUCAGUUGCAUUGAAGAAGAAGCUCCUUCGGGCUGUCCUCACGAUGGUGGGUAACGAUGGCAGUGUGCCCUGUCGUGUCGAACCAUAAGUGACAUCCUGGAAAUAAUCAAAAGACUCCCGGCGCUAUGUAUUUUGCAAGUAGGCGCAUGAUGGUUUCGUUGUGGUUCAGUAAUCCACAUGAUUAAUCUUAGGGGGGUCGUCGUGUCUUCGAUCUAUGAACAUAUCUGCUACUCCAUGCUUCUAGUGUGAGGGACAUAAAUUAUUGUAAUAUUCUGCAUAUUGUCGACCACCCUGUGAUUGCCUUGCAAGUGUUUCUGAACCUAAAUUAUUGUAAUGAUAUGGGUCAGUAUAUGGGAAUCCUGCUACAUUAGUUUGUGUGAA